GGAGAGAACCUGGAAAACACGAUGGCAGCCUUUCACCAUGCUGUUAAUAUAGGAACAGACAUGUUGGAGCUGGAUUGUCACCUAACAAAGGAUGAGCAGGUGGUUGUGUCCCAUGAUGAGAACCUGAAGAGAUCAACAGGAGUUGAUGUCAACAUAUCUGACCUCAAGUACUCUGAACUUCCACCAUAUCUCUGCAGGUUGGAUGUCACGUUUCAGAAAGAAUGUCACUGUGAGGGAAAAGACAACCGUAUUCCACUCCUAAAAGAGGUGUUUGAGGCAUUUCCACAAACUCCUGUCAACAUUGACAUCAAAGUGAACAACAAUGUGUUGAUCAAAAAGGUUUCAGAGCUGGUGAGUCAGUACAAGCGAGAGCAUUUGACCGUAUGGGGGAAUGUCAGUUAUGAGGUUGUAUCAAAGUGUUUUAAGGAGAAUGCUGACAUUCCCAUCAUCUUCUGUUCGCAACGUGUCCUCCUGCUUCUUGGCCUGUUCUACACUGGUCUGCUGCCAUUCAUUCCUUUCAAGGAAGAAUUCUUGGAAAUUCCCAUGCCUUCAAUCAUCCUCAAGCUGAAAGAACCACAAAAGAUGACAAGAAGCCAGAAAUUUAUUAUCUGGCUAGCUGACACAUUGCUAAUGCGGAAAGCACUUUUUGACCACCUCACUGCUCGGGGCAUUCAGGUGUAUAUUUGGGUCCUGAAUGAAGAACAAGAAUACAAGAGGGCAUUUGAUCUGGGAGCAACUGGAGUGAUGACAGACUAUCCAACAAAACUUAAGGAGUUUUUACACAAUUAUCCAGCCUAGAGAAAGAAAACCAAGGAAGUUCUUGCAGGAUUGAUUGUGAGCCAAGGAUUUUCUUCAUUUAAAAAAAAAAAUGUUCAGCAGCAUACACAGAUCAUUUUGUUUGAAAGAUAUAAUUGGAUGAUCUAUUACCUUAUUGUCAAGUUGCUACCUAAUGUAAAGGUUGUCUAUUUAUUUUAAAACUUUAAUUACAUAGUUUACAUUUGUACAUAGCUCAUUUAGCAACAGUGCACUUCACAAAUAGUGAUGACUAGGAAGAAAGUUGCUGGAUAGGAUACCUGUAGAUAAUAAGCAUUAUUUUACCUGUCACAAGUGUUCCUAAGCAGAUGUCAAGACAUGUCAGUUAUUCCAGUUAUAUUCUAGUGGGCGGAAAUGAAAGAAUUUCUGAAAGUGUACCCUGUGUAUAUGCAUUUCUUGUGUUGCUUUUAGUUUUCAGAUAACUUGUAGAGCAAAAACACCCCAAAACAA